GUUGCUCAUGACUUCAAGCGUUUUCUCAAAAGUUGUGCAAGCACUUCUCUUCACCUUCGUAAAUCUUGCAAGAGUAAUUAUCAUUUCAACGCCCAGUUUCGCCGCUGGAGUUAGAUCGAAAACAAGGAAAAUCCAAAAUUGAAAUACCAUCGAGUUCGCAUUGAUCACAUGGCUGCAGCUGGGAGUUCAAUGCUGUAUUCUCUUUUUCUAUUUGUUGCCACACUUUCUCUGCAAGAAAUGUUUAGAGCAAAGUUAGCUUCUUCAGAGUUGUUUACUAUUCUUGGAGGAUUCACAAGUUCUAUCGUAUUCCUCACACUGCUCACGUUCAUUGGAAAUUAUCAGGAAACAAUUGGUGUCAAAACGGGGUGGGGAGCUGUUAUCAUAGCAGAAGCCGUGGCUCUAAUAGCUGCUAGUACUGUUCAUCGAGUUUGUAUCACAACUUGCUUUCUAUUUUCUACUGGACUUUUAUACGAGGUCAACAAACUCUCGGGAAUGACUGACAUUAAAGCUAAAAGGGUUUGAAUGGAAGUUCUCCUAUUCCUCUGAUUUCACUUAGUAGCCUCACAGUAAGAGGUAUAUCUGCUACUGUUCCUCGAAGCACAAUCUCAACUACAAACCUUAGCAUACAUUGGUUCUCCAGUAAUCAGUUCUUGAUAGUUCUUUCUGCUAUUAGAGUUGGAGUUCCUAACAUCUUAUCUUUGCAUAAAUUUAGAUACUAUAUAAAUUUUAUGAUGUAGUAUAACUGAAUACUUCGUACUAUGAGUUUAUUCUGUUUCUCUUGAA